AUGGAGGGUGCGGGCGGGCGCGAGGCGGAGCGGGCGCCGCUGCUGGGCGCGCGGCGGCCGGCGUUCGAGGGCCGGCGGCUGGCGUGCGCCGCGGUGCUGCUGACCGAGCUGCUGGAGCGCGCCGCCUUCUACGGCGUCACGGGCAACCUGGUGCUGUUCCUGAACGGCUCGCGCUUCGGCUGGGAGGGCGCGCAGGCCAGCCAGGCGCUGCUGCUCUUCAUGGGCCUCACCUACCUGGUGUCGCCGUUCGGCGGCUGGCUGGCCGACGCGCGGCUCGGCCGGGCGCGCGCCAUCCUGCUCAGCCUGGCGCUCUACCUGCUGGGCAUGCUGGCCUUCCCGCUGCUGGCCGCGCCCGGCACGCGCGCCGCGCUCUGCGGGGCCCCGCGCCCCACGCUCGUGCGCAACUGCUCGGCGCCGCCCUGCCCGGACGCGCCCACCCGCUACUGCGCGCCCGCUGCGCUCGGGGCGCUCGCCGUCGUCGGCCUGGGCGUGGGCGCCGUCAAGGCCAACAUCACGCCCUUCGGCGCCGACCAGGUGAAAGACCGAGGACCAGAAGCCACAAGAAGGUUUUUUAACUGGUUCUACUGGAGCAUCAACCUGGGUGCGAUCAUCUCGCUCGGCGGCAUCGCCUACGUCCAGCAGAACGUGAGCUUCGUGACGGGCUACACCAUCCCCGCCGUCUGCAUCGGCGUGGCUUUCCUCCUCUUCCUGUGCGGCCAGAGGGUGUUCAUCACCAAGCCCCCCGACGGCAGCGCCUUCACUGACAUGUUCAGGAUUCUGGCGUAUUCCUGCCGUCCCCAGAAGCAAACUGGAGACCAGGACCGCAGCAGUGAAGGCAGUGGAGUCUUUCAGCAAUCUUCUAAACACAGUCUGUUUGAUUCAUGUAAGAUGUCCCGCGGAGGGCCCUUCACGGAAGACAAAGUGGACGACACGAAAGCUCUGGUCAAGAUCAUCCCUGUUUUCUUGGCUCUGAUUCCUUACUGGACAGUGUACUUCCAAAUGCAGACGACGUACGUCCUCCAGAGUCUUCACCUGCGGAUCCCCGAGAUCUCCAGCAUCACCAGCACGGCUCACACGUUCCCGGCCGCCUGGCUCACCAUGUUCGACGCGGUGCUGAUCCUGCUGCUGAUCCCCCUGAAGGACAAGCUGGUGGACCCCGUGCUGCGGAGGCGCGGGCUGCUCCCGUCCUCCCUGAAGAGGAUCGCGGUCGGGAUGUUCUUCGUCAUGUGCUCCGCCUUCGCCGCCGGCAUCCUGGAGAGCAAGCGGCUGGACCUCGUGCAGCACAAGACCAUCAACCAGACCAUUGGCAACGUCGUGUACUUCGCGGCCGACCUGCCUAUCUGGUGGCAGGUGCCCCAGUACGUGCUGAUCGGCGUCAGCGAGAUAUUCGCCAGCAUAGCGGGUCUGGAGUUCGCGUACUCGGCUGCCCCCAAGUCCAUGCAGAGCGCCAUCAUGGGCCUGUUCUUCUUCUUCUCGGGCGUCGGGUCCUUUGUGGGCUCGGGUCUGCUGGCGCUGGUGUCCCUCAAGGCCAUCGGCUGGAUGAGCAACCACACGGACUUCGGCAACAUCAACGGCUGCCACCUGAACUACUACUUUUUCCUUCUGGCGGCCAUUCAAGGUGUCACCCUCCUGCUGUUCCUGGUCGUGUCCGUGAAGUACGACCGGCAGCGAGCACGGGCGCCCGGGACGCCCGGCAGCAGGAGGGCCUGACGUCCCUGGGCCCCAGCGGGUCCCCGAGACUGAUGUUGGGAGCACUGCCGACGUGUGGAGUGGGGCGGGCUUGGAAAUCCCCGGAAAUGCCCGCCUUCCACACCAACAG